AUGGAAGAAGCAGCAGAAGACAGAGACAAGAUGGCCAGCCAGCAGGCUUUGUGUGUCCCUGACCAGAAGAUGAGUAAACGCCCUGGCAUCUCCACUCUCAAAUUGUUUAUUGUAGCAUUGUCCUUCGCCUAUUUCUCCAAGGCCUUGACAGGGACCUACAUGAAGAGCUCCAUCACUCAGAUUGAGAGACGUUUUGACCUCUCCAGCACCCACAUUGGACUCAUAGAUGGCAGUUUUGAGAUGGGCAACUUGUUGUUCCUAGCUGUGGUCAGCCAUUUUGGCGCCAAGCUGCAUCGGCCCAGACUCAUCGCUGUGGGCUGUUUUCUCAUGGCGGUGGGGACCUUUCUUACUGGCCUGACACAUUUCUUCAUGGGGCGCUAUCAGUAUGACACAGUCAUACAGGUUUUUCAGAAUGACAGCGUGAACAUUGCUUCCUGUGUGGAUCCUCUGAAAACACUAGAAGUACCUGAAAUUCAGAUAGAGCCUUCUUUAAAAGACAACAAAGCCUGUUUGAAAGAGUCUGGUUCCAACAUGUGGAUCUAUGUGUUCCUGGGGAACGCUCUGCGGGGGAUUGGAGAAACCCCAGUCACACCUCUAGGCAUCUCCUACAUUGAUGACUUUGCUAAGGCUGAAAAUUCCGCGUUCUAUAUAGCAUGUCUCCAGACCAUCACUCUCCUGGGCCCGAUGUUUGGUUUCCUCCUGGGCUCCUAUUGUGCCAAACUAUAUGUAGACAUUGGAUAUGUUGAUAUGGAAAGUGUGACCAUCACUCCAAAAGAUGCCCGCUGGGUGGGUGCCUGGUGGAUGGGCUUCCUGGUUUCCUCUGCUCUCCUGCUCAUCUCAAGCAUUCCGUUCUGGUUCCUGCCCAGCUCACUGCCCAAGCAGGAGGCAGACGAGGCCAAGCCAACUCCACGUGAGACCCUGGAUGGGACAGCUGAUGCCCUCAACAACAACCACAACCUCAAGCUUACCGAAAUCGCAAAAGGGUUUCUUCCAUCGCUGAAGCGCCUGUUGGGAACUCCUGCCUACUUUUUGCUCCUUUGUGGCAGCAUCCUGAAGUUCAACUCCUUCAUUGGCCUGUUCACCUUUAAGUCCAAAUACAUGGAACAACAGUUUGGACAGUCUGCAUCCAGAGCUAACUUCCUUAUAGGUAUGUUGAACCUUCCAGCGGUGGCAGUUGGGAUCUUCCUGGGAGGGCUGCUGAUGAAGAGGUAUAAACUGAGUGUGGUGUCUGGAGCUCAGCUCUCCUUUGCCACAUCCUUCACGGCAUACCUCCUCCUCCUGCUACAGUUUGGCACCAAGUGCGACAACAUUCCUGUGGCUGGGCUAACCAUUUCAUAUAAUGGGACACAGGGUAUAUUAUACAACAGAGAAAUGCUCUUCUCAGAGUGCAACAUAGACUGCUCAUGUUCAGCAGAGGAGUGGGACCCUGUGUGCUCAGACAGCGGCAUCACCUACAUCUCUCCAUGUAUGGCUGGCUGCCUCAGCUCCAGUGGAUACGGCAAGAACACAGUCUUUCACAACUGCAGCUGCGUGUCUGCCUCCUUCCCAGCAGGCAGCAGUACAUCAGUGAAGCUGGGCCAGUGUCCACAUGCCAAGGACUGCAGCCGCAGUUUCACCUCCUACAUGGCUGUAUCUGUUCUCAGCUCCUUCAUCAACUCUCUUGGAGCCACACCUGGCUACAUGGUCAUCAUACGAUGCAUCCCUCCAGAGCUCAAAUCACUUGCGCUGGGUAUCCAGGCCUUGGUUACCAGGACUCUUGGUGGAAUUCCUGCACCUGUUUAUUUUGGGGCCCUGAUUGAUUCAACUUGCCUGAAGUGGUCGAUCAAGAAGUGUGGGGGCAGGGGCGCAUGUCGCAUUUAUGACUCUGACAUGUACAGGAUCAUCUUCCUGGGUCUGAUCACUUGUCUCAGUGGUUCCUCCUAUUUCUUUAUCAUUGCUGUCAUCCUCCUCCUCAGAAGACAGUUUAAAAAGCCAGAACUGGAAAUAGAGACACAGCAACCAAAAGCCUCAAAGGAAAUUGAACUUGAGACCCCACCAAACUCCACUGAGGACCAGCCUAGCGCUCCUAAAGCUCCCAAACUCCCUCACGCCACUAAGGUGUGGGUAAGGGUUGCGACAGAACUGGAUCAGGGAGGGGGGCUUCAUAAAAUGCAGCAGCUCACCGAAGAUGACAGACUCAUCUCCUCAAAUAACACAGAGAAGAGGCAACAGUCUGAACCCUUGACAAAGACAACUGUUGAGUUAUGUCCUCCUUCUACUGAUGGAGCAAAGUUAGAGCUGCACAGGCUGAAGCCAGAGGAGGGGGAGAAAGCUUGGAAAGUCGAGGUCUGUAUGGAGACGAAUGGACCGGUGGAUAAAGAAAAGCUGGACCAUCACACAGAAGACAAGAACGAGUUAGAGAAAGAAACCAACGGCCCGAAAAACUAA